GGAAAAUAAAAGUAUAAUUGGGCAGUUUUAUUUAGGUUAUUGUUAUGAAAAUGGUAUUGGAAUUGAAAAAAAUGAAAAACGUGCAGUUUGUUGGUAUAAAAAAGCAAAUAAUAAUGAUAAUACAACCGCAAAACUUUAUCUUGCAAACUGUUACAGAUUAGGAAAAGGUGUUAAAAAGGAUGAAAUCAAAGCAUUUAAAUAUUAUAAAAUAUUAGCUAAGCAUGGUAUUGGUGUAGAAAAAAAUGAAAGAAGAGCUUUUGAAUUAUUUAAGAAAUCAGCUGGACAAGGUUAUAUAGAUGGGAUAUUUCGAUUGGGAUAUUGUUAUGAUAAAGGAGUUGGGACUAGUAUUGAUAAAGUAAAAGCUUUUGAAUUAUAUGAACGUGCCGCUAAGAAAGGAAACCUUGGAGCUCAAAAUAACCUUGGACAUUUAUAUGAAAAAGGUGAAGGAAUCGAAAAGAACUUUAAAGAAGCAAUUCGUUGGUAUGAAAAAGCGGCCGAUAAUGGA